AUGUCCGUGGACUCGCAGGCGGCCUUCAGGGCGGAGGCGAUUCGCCUCGGGGUGUCUGAGGCGCAUGCCGACUUGCUCAUCACGAAGGGCAUCCGUACGCACUCGCUGUUCGCCUUCAUCUCCAGCUACCAGCCGGGUGCCAGUGACGAGAAGCCGUUCGUGGAUGCAUUGGUUGCCAAGCUUGGUGAGGAGGCUAAGGAUUCGUUACCAGCCUUCCGGCACUUGUUCUACACAAGCCACACGCUAGCGGUCCAGGAGCUCAAGGACAAGCUUGAACCUCGCGAAGAAGCCAAACGCCUCUCCAUGGCAGACAGAGUGGAUCGCCUAGAGCGGCUCAAGAAGGCGCUGGUGGGAGUCACGAUUGACACGUGGUUGGAGCCUAGCCACUCCUUGGUGGACAAGGCCGUUGGCUUUGCGGAGGAGGGGUGUCUGGGACCCUUGGAGCUUUCCCGCUGCACGUCGCGGGAGGCGGAAAUGAGGUCAGAAAAACGUGACCCGGAAACUUUCCGCUUGGAAAAGCUGAACAUCAAGGUCACGAAGCCCCCCACGACCUUGACAGCUGAGACGUCCAGUGACCUACAUGUUCGGACUUGUAUGCAGCGUCGUGCUCUGGCAUUCCACAUGGCCGGCAUUGCUACGUUCGUGGUGCUCGAUAAGAUCAUCUCUCGCUUCUUCGGCUACAUGAUGCGCCCAGUGUACCCAGGACAGCAGCCGGUGACCCUGAGCCAGGUCGUGGACGCCGACAGAACGCUUUGGGUCUUGGUUGCGCAAGAGACUCGGGGCAAGGUCCUGACGUCCGGGACUCCAUUGCCGAUUGAUGCCGCUGUGGACGCCUUCAAGGACGCUCCAGACGUUGCUUUUGCCUUGAUGCCCCGCACCAAGGGGUCAGUGCCUCCGCCUCCGAAGCCGUCUCCGACUGCUGGAGCUGAGGCGAUGAGCCGUGCCAAGCGCCGCAGGCUUCAGAAGGCGGCCAAGUCCAAGCCGAUCGCGAAUUCAGCGCAGCCCGGCAAGCCGUCGGCAGGAAGUUCGAAGGGGGGCGGCAAGGGCAUUGAUAUACCACCGGGGGCGAAGACUCGCGAUGACCAAGGCAGGCCAAUCUGCUUCCGUUACAAUCGCAAGGCUUGUGACCAAUCCAAAGAGAAGUGCCAGCGCGGCUAUCACGUGUGUUGGUUCUGCCUAAAGAACCACGCAGGGGCCAUAGCUUUUGGACCGGAAAAGUUUUCCGCAGUGGGGCAUUCUCCCACCGACCUUCACUGCGCCGAAGUUCUUGCAAGUUCUUUCAGCUCUCCGCCUACGGCGAAGCAGCUCCUUUCACUUUUGGAUGUGCUGCCACCUGAAGUACCUGCCCGCGGACGACCGGGCGAUUUCUCGUGGACCACGGGAUCGUGGUCGAAAGAUGGUUGCUACGGCCUUCGCCGCCACAGCCACAUGUUUCCGACGGUUACCUCUGCCCUGACGGCGUAUGUCCGAAGCAUUGCUCCCGAGCAUACCUUUACAGCGGUGGCACUUUUUGCAGAUCUCCAAACAGCGCCCCAUCGUGAUGUGAACAAUGCCGUGGGGGCUCCUAACCUCUUGCAGCCGCUUACUGAGUUCCAGGAGGGUCAGGUCUGGCAAUAUCACGAAACGGGGCCUUCCUGGCAAUGGGUCGAAGGUCGCCAUCUUCCCGGCAUGCUUUUGGAUGUUUCCAGAGGCCCUUGUUAUUUGGACUCCCAGGCCUUGCACUUCACACUUCCGUGGCGAGGAAAAAGAGUUCUCGUGGUGGCUUUCACGCCUCGCUGCGACGACCAAAACUUCAACUUCGCACAGCUUUUGGCGCUAGGCCCGUCCCCGCCUCAACCUUUACGACAACAUCUCGAGCUCUUGGGCUUCAAAGUCCAGUUGCCACCGUGUGACCUACAUGCAGUCAGCUUCUCCUGCGAAGCUUCCGAGGCCUUAGCAGUCGAGGCCUUUUGUGGUCGUGGGCGCUUGUCCGUGGCACUUCGUGAUCAAGGCCUCAGUGUUCUUCCAGUUGAUCACCGCGUUCGCUGCACUGAUCUACAAGUUCUUCGCCUUGACCUUCAGGAUGAUCAUGAUGCUUCCAUCUUCUUGGAGAUGCUCUCCACGGCUAAUGUUUGCUUGGCUCACUUCGGGCCGCCUUGCGGCACCUCAAGCAAGGCCCGCGAGCUGCCGUUGCCUCCGGAGCUUUCGCAUCUGCAGUCUUCCCCGCUGCGAUCCUUGGCAUCCCCCUUUGGUCUGGAUGGACUUCGGCCGUCGCAAGCAGCUCGCGCGGAGCCUGUCAUUGAAGUUGUCGAUACUGACAGUGAUCAGAACUCGGGAGACUCCGAGGUAUCCCUGGCUAGCAGCCAGGCCGCAACGGCAGUGCCGUUCGCGCCCAACGCGAACACUGUGGUCGUGUCCCGACCGCAGCGUCGCAAUCGCCAGCGGGGCUGGCAGUUCCAGCCCGGGGAGGACCCCCAAAAUAACGAUUGGCGCAACCUGGGGUCAGCGACCGACAACAGGUACCCUGGCCUCCGUGCGUUAGUAUGGCAAUUUGUGGGCGGCACUGCUCAGUGGGCAGGAGCCCCCACAAUCAUCACGAGUGCGACAACUGCUACCGCAGCAGCCGGGGUCAGCGACCCCGAAACCACGGCGCCCGUGGCGGUCGCCGCUAGGCCCUGA